CCUCCUCUCCCUCCCUCUCCCCCAUCCUCCUCCUCUUCCUCCCCAUCUCCCUCCCCCCUCCCGCCUCCCCCGUCUCCCUCCUCUUCCUCCCCCAGCAGUGACGUCUCUGGACGUGCUGCUCCCCGGCCCGGUGCAGGCACCGAUCGGGGCUCCGGCACCGCGGCCCGGCCCGGCCCGGCCCGACCCGGCAGCAGCCUCCGGUGGGGCUCGGCCGCUGCCCGGGGCCGCCCAUGCGGCCGGGGGGCGAUGCGGGCGGCGCGGAGCCAGCGGUAGUGCCCGCACCGGGCCCCCCCGGGAGCAUGGGCUGCAUCGGCUCCAAAACCACCAUCGUGGCCGUGGACACGACGCUGUGCGUGGAGUGGAAGGAGGUGAAAGCACUGUCGCCACUGAGCGCCACCCGCCCGCUGCCCCGCCUGGUGCGCCAGGCCUCCUUCGACAGCCAGGACUUCCUCCAGGUCAAUGUUGAGGACACUGUCGAGAUGCUGCCCAAGUCGCGGCGCGCGCUGACCAUCCAGGAGAUUGCCGCCCUGGCCCGCUCCUCGCUGCACGGCAUCUCGCAGGUGGUGAAGGAGCACGUGACGAAGCCAACGGCUAUGGCGCAGGGCCGCGUCGCCCACCUCAUCGAGUGGAAGGGCUGGUGCAAGCCGGUGGAGCCGCCCGCCGCCCUGGAGAGCGCCUUCAGCUCCUACUGCCACCUGAGCGAGGGCGAGCAGGAGGCACGCUUCGCUGCCGGAGUGGCGGAGCAGUUUGCCAUCGCUGAGGCCAAGCUGCGAGCUUGGUCCUCGGUGGACGGGGACGACUCCAACGACGAGUCCUACGACGAGGACUUCAUGCCCUCCACAGAGAGCUCCCAGCCCACCGAGCUGCCCGGCACGGUGCCCGCCAGCGCGCUGCUGCGAGACCUGCUGCAGGGCCACCUGUGCCAGCUGGGUGUGCGGCACGGUUCCUGCGAGCCGGAGAGCGACUCCUCGCACACCCUCUCCCCCGAGACCCUCUGCUCCAGCCUCUGCAGCCUGGAGAUGGUGUCCCCCUCCGAACUCACUGCCAAACUGCUGGGCUCCCUGGGGAGCGAGGACCUGCUGCUGCCCAAGCUGCCCCCCCCGGCCAGCCAAAGUGCCUUGCGGGGCCUGGCACGGCUCCGGUGCCAGGACUCCCUCUACUCCGUGUCCUACGCCGAAGCCUGCCUCUCGCCCGCUGAGGAUGAGGUGGUGCUGAGCAAGGACUUCCCGCUCCGCCGGAAAGUCUCCGACGUCGCCUCCUCCGGGGUGGCAUCGCUGGAGGAGGAGGAGGAGGCCGAAGAGCCCUGAUGCCCCCCUGGGGUGCCCUGCCUCUCCCGGCGGGGGUUCAGCCCCCCCGCCGCCGCCCUCCGGCCGGACCCCGCACUGGGCGAGGGACGGGCCCUGCCGCUGCUCCCCCUCGCUGUCUGGGCGCAGGGGGGGGGGUUCGGGGGGCCGCUGCAGCCCCCCCAGCCAGUGUGCCCCCGCCGUGCCCUGGCGCCGCUUGGCCACAGCGUUGCCCUCCUGGAUUUUUGCAUGAGAGCGGGAAAGGGGCACAGGGAAGGGCUUUUGUGGGGGGGGGGGUCUGACACCUGCCCUGAUGCCCAGAUGUGCCCCCCAAAACUGAUGGGACGGAAUCAGUGGGGCCGGUUGUUCGCAUGUUCCCCCCUCAAACCGCCCCGGGCUCAUCUUUCGGGCACAGCCCCCCCCGCCCCCCCGUUGGCAUGGCUGAACCUCUCCGAGCAUCCUGUGGUGCCCCCGCGUCGUGCCCAGCACCCUCGGCUCGGGGCGGCAGAGGGAUUUGGGGAGCUUGGGGGCUUUUCUCCUCUCUCCCCGGCCGGCUUUUAUCGGACUGAGUUUUAAACUGUGAACUGCUGCCUCGGGGCACGGGGCCAACAGGGGUGCCGGGGGGGGGGCCGCAGGUGUGCCGCGGUGCCGCGGCUUUCUAUACUUUUGUACGUGUAUGGGGUUGGCACGGGGAGACUGCGGGGCCGGUUGGGGGCCAGGUGGGCAUGGCAUGGGCCCCCAGGCUGGGGGCUUUGGGCCACCAGCGACAGCACCCCCAAGCCAGCCCCGCAGCAGGGGGCUCAGCCCAGCCAGGGACCCCCAAGUCUGCCGUGGGGCAACGUGGGGUGGAGAAAGGGGGGAGGCGGCGGGACCGACGUCCCCGUCACUGAGUCACUCACCCCUAGCAGGGAACCAAGUGCCUACACGAAGGGCGACCAGCUCCCCCGUCCUGGCCGGGGGUGGCACCCCAGCUCGGGGGCCCCCCAAGGCCGUGCCGGGGGUCCGGGCACGCCAUUUGGGGGAGGAAUGCCAGUUUUUUGCCAACGCUUGUGUCCCCCUUCCCGCAUGGCACGUGUUCUCGUGGAGCCGCUCGCCCGCUGCAUGCUGCUCCUCGCCCGGCCCGGCCACGGCCCCCCUCCAGCCCUGCACCCCGGGGUGCCCCCAGCACCCGCUACGCCCCUGGUCCUGCGCACCACCCCCCCCCAGCACCCUCCAUCAACCUCCGCCAGGCACAGCACUCGUUCCCCCUCCCCGCCGUGGGGUGCCCAGCGUGGGGCUAGCUCCCCUCUCCCUGCAUGGCCAAGCUAUGAGGAGGUGCAGGGGCCAGCAGGCCUGACGCCAUGCCGAUGGGCUCCCUGCCACCCGCCACCACCCGCCCCCUUUCCGGCAACAGCGGCUGCUCCCCACGGCACCGGGAUGGUUUUGGGGGGGGGGGGGGGGGGGGGCUACGGGCUGCCUGCAGACGGGUGGAAGGCUUUGCUCUGCCUCUGCGCACGCGUGCGCACACCUGGGAGCGUAUGUGCGUGUGCACGCGUGUGCACACCCGCGGGAGCUGCCGGAGCCCCCCCCGCCCCGCCGCGGCGGCACCCGUCGGGUACCCAUGGGGUGCCCGCACCCCGGCACCCCCUCCUCCAUCCCGCCAGGUCUCGAAUAAAGUCCAUCGUGCGA